CGUCCUGGAGACUCGGCUUGCACCCUCUUCCUGUCCCGCAGCCCGGGCGGAGCGGAGCGGAGCUGAUCUGAACUGGGAGCGCGGUUACCGGUCGGGCUGGGUCUAUGGUCGCUCCGCGGGCCGCUCCGCCGGCUGGUGCUUUCUUAUCAGGACAAGCUGUGUUCGAUGGCCGGGAACUUUUGGCAGAGCUCCCACUAUUUGCAGUGGAUUUUGGAUAAACAAGAUCUGUUGAAAGAACGCCAAAAGGACUUAAAGUUUCUCUCAGAAGAAGAGUAUUGGAAAUUACAAAUAUUUUUUACAAAUGUUAUCCAAGCAUUAGGUGAACAUCUGAAAUUAAGACAACAAGUUAUUGCCACUGCUACGGUCUAUUUCAAGAGAUUCUAUGCCAGGUAUUCUCUGAAAAGUAUAGAUCCUGUACUAAUGGCUCCUACAUGUGUGUUUUUGGCAUCCAAAGUAGAGGAAUUUGGAGUAGUCUCAAAUACAAGGUUGAUUGCUGCUGCUACUUCUGUAUUGAAAACUAGAUUUUCAUAUGCCUUUCCAAAAGAAUUUCCUUAUAGGAUGAAUCAUAUAUUAGAAUGUGAAUUCUAUCUUUUAGAACUAAUGGAUUGUUGCCUGAUAGUGUAUCAUCCUUAUAGACCUUUGCUCCAGUAUGUUCAGGACAUGGGCCAAGAAGACAUGUUGCUUCCUCUUGCAUGGAGGAUAGUGAAUGAUACCUACAGAACGGAUCUGUGUCUACUGUAUCCUCCUUUCAUGAUAGCUUUAGCUUGCCUCCAUGUAGCCUGUGUUGUGCAGCAAAAAGAUGCCAGACAGUGGUUUGCUGAACUCUCUGUGGAUAUGGAAAAGAUUUUGGAAAUUAUCAGGGUUAUUUUAAAACUAUAUGAACAGUGGAAGAAUUUUGAUGAAAGGAAAGAGAUGGCAACAAUUCUUAGUAAGAUGCCAAAACCGAAACCACCUCCAAACAGAAAUUCCCUGAGUGAUUCUCCACUAGUGGCAGGGCCUGAAGCUGCAAGAUGAUGGUGGACAAGAUAAGGCAAUAAUCCUGUUGCCACAGUUCCUGGUAUUUUCAGUUUUAGUUAUAUUUAUUUUAAACAUUCAGAAAUUUCUAGGAAAAUAACAUAUUUCUGAUUUAUAAAGGUUUGAUUUAUUUACAUAUGACAUCAUUAUGCCUUUGGACAAUGAGGUUUUUUCUUUUGUGUUUGUGUGUUUGUGUGUGUGUGUGAAAAAUACUACUUGAUUUUCUUUAAUAGUAGGAAUAGGAUUUUAUUUGUAAGAAUUAGUGAGAAACUUGUUCAGAAGAAGCUGUAUCUCUAUGUUGAGUGAUACCUGUAAUAACAAUGAAACCCCAUACCCUAAUUUAAAUUUUUGACUGUAUGUGGACACUAACUUCCAGAAUGCUUGGUAUGUGUAAGGACACAAACUUGUAUAAGAAUAAAAACAUAAAA